AUGGAUAUAAGCGAGCAGUUCUUUGAGCUUGCCAACAAGAAAAGUGUAAUCAGUGGGCACCAUGACAAGAGGAAGGCAGCACAAAAGAAACUGUUCAGAGACAAACCUCUUAGGGAUAAGAACGAUGUCAUCCUUAAGGCUGCUAUCAAGAUUCUUCACAAUGUCGACUUACUCCAGGCAUUCUUGAAUGAGAAUAGAGAAGCCUAUGUCGACACAUCCAAGCAUGUGUCAACAAGGUCAUCAGCAAUGACCGACGAGCAACGCGAUCUUAUCGAUAGCAAGUCAUUGGAACUGAUAGAGAUGUGCAAUGGCAAUCUUAAUGAGUUGGAUAAAGUUAUCCAGGAGAGACAUAGGAACAAUCCACCACCAAAGAGAACAUAUAGUGACAAUGGUGAUGAUGAUGAUAUGUCCAUAUUGAGAGAUGACCCAGACAAUAUGUUUGUUCGAAGAAUAGAUCAAUUCGAUAGCAGAGUAUAUAUGUAUUUUAAUAUAUUGGAUCAAUUGAAGGAGCAUCUACAUCAUGUGUCAGAGAACUUUAAGAAGCAACGUUCAUUCAGACUGUCUUCAAAGGCCAGGGAGACAGAAAGAUUCUACUCCAGUCUGGAAGCAUCUAGCAGGGCAAAGCUGAAAGAUACUCAGUCUACAACAGCAGCAGCAGCUACUGCUUCUGGUGACAGAAGUAUCAAGUCAAGUGGAGGAAUCUCAGCUCUCAUUGGUGAGGAGGACAGCAGUGAACAACAAGUAUUCAGAGAAUUGGAUUUGGAUGAAGAGCAAACUAUUAUAUACGAACAACAGAACGCACUGUUAAUUAAUGAAUUGAACACUCUGUCAGACCAAAUGGUUGUCAUUGAAAGACAAAUAGAGGAGUUGACACAGUUAUUCGAUGAGAUCACUCCUCACAUCAUGGCACAGAGGGAAACAAUAGAUACGAUAUAUUCAACCAAUGUGGAUGCCACCAAUUACAUUGAGCGAGCCAACAACCAAAUGCAAGAGGCAACAAAGAAGUCAUUCGAUUUCAGGAUCAUGGUACUCAUAUUCCUCAUCACUCUCUCAAUUGCACUGCUCUUUCUCAAUUGGUAUCAAGAUUAA